AAUCCUGAAUAUAGAAGAAUAUCGAAAUUUAUUUAUCGAUUGUUCAUAUAUCGAUUGUCAAUAUCACAUCGAUCGUCAUAGUCGAUGUUACUAAAUGGAUUCAAUUUUUUAUCAAAAAUUUUUAUAAUGUAAAUUAAAAUGUGAAAAUAGAGGCAUGAAUAAAACAUGUUAAAAAAUAAAAAUUUUUUGUUAAUAAAAAGAUUGUACAAUGCGGCAAAAGAAGAAUUGUAUAAUUUUUUUUGAAGCUAAUGACCAAGAAAAUAGAAAUAAUAUCUUGAUUACAGAUUCUAACCAUGGAUUUCCCAAUAUUGAAAAUAAAAUAUCAGAAAAUACAAAGCAUACAUUGGAAAUCUCGAAUAAUGUAAAAACUGUAGUGACAAAAAAAUGGCAAAUUAUGUUAAUCUCCGCGGAUUGCACAAUUAAAAAACACUGUCAAGGUUGGCAGGUACGAAAGAAUUGAGUUAAAAAAGCAACAGAAUAUCUUCUACGGGUAUUAAUAUAUAUAUAAAAAUAUUUCGCAACAUUUUUUGCAAGAUAUAUCCAAAAGAUCCAAAGGAAAUUGAGGAAGAGUCAAAAGAGUUAAUUUUAAAUAAAGUUUCCGAUCCCAUAAUGGUUACAAACAUGAAACCUAUAAAAACUGCGAAUGCCGAGAUUCUUUGCAAUCGCGACGAUCUCGACGAUUUACUCAUGGACGAGGAGAAAGAAAAUGAGAAUACUUACGGCAAGAUUAUUUUGAGGGAAUACAUGAGACUUCUUAACAGUGAAAAUGCAAAGAUCAAUUUUAUCUUAAAAAUUUUAUCAAAAGCUGUAAACGAACAUAAAAUUUUCGUGAUUUAUGGUAUAUUUCCGCCGAUAAGAAAACCUUUGGGACAGAGAGGUUGGAUAGAGAAAAAAUUUAUCAGAAAAAUGCUCUCGAUGUCUCCAGAAAUUUCCGAAGGUUAUUGACAAAAAUUCAUUCCAUUUUUCGACAAAAGGGAAAAUAUAUAUAUUCUUUAUA